AUGGCGGCCACAACACCCCCAAAGAGCGAUGUUGAGAAAGCAGCGACGACCGCGCGGGAGUCUGGAUGUGACGACAAAGAGGCUGAGGAGAAUCAGACAAGCUCCCAAGGAGACCAAGAUGAGCUACUGGUGGACUGGGACGGGCCUGAUGAUCCCCAAAAUCCGCUUAAUUGGAGCAUGUUCUGGAAAUGGGCGGUUGCAUUGUUAACCUCGUUCGGGGGCCUUGUCACUCUGAUGAGUGGUGCGAUGCUUGCUCCAGCCCUGGAUUCCAUCGGAAAGGACCUCAAUACUAGCCCCGACACCACCAACAUGUGUCUUUCCAUCUUCGUGCUGGCCUUUGCAUUUGGUCCCAUGGUUUUGGCCCCUAUGACUGAAAUAUUUGGCCGCCGCCAUGUAUGGAUAGUUUGUUCAGCAUGGUAUGUCAUAUGGAACGGUGUUUGUGGCUUUGCAACCUCCCAGGGUUUGAUGCUGUCCGCAAGGCUUCUGGCAGGGUUGGGAGCAAGUGCAGAGUUUGCUCCGAUUAUUCAACUAAUCAGCCUUUUCCUUGCUUACAAUUUUGGCACGCUGUACUUCGUUUUGACGAGCUUUGCCUCUAUCUGGAUAACCCAAUACCACCAGUCCGUUUCCGCUUCCGGGCUGCACUACAUUGCUCUCGUGAUCGGCUCAACCAUUGGUGCCCAGCUUGGGGCAGCGCUCACAGAUCGGCUAUGGGCCUACUUGAAAAAACGAGCAGGGGGAGAAACUGCGCCAGAGUAUCGGAUUCCCUUGAUGAUUCCUGGUUCUAUUGUCAUCCCUAUCAGCUUAUUCUGGUUUGGGUGGACGGCAGAAACGAUGCAGAAAUGGAUUGUAGUUGACAUUGCUGCUGCAGUGUUUAAUUUCGGGAUCAUCAUGAGCACACACUCACAACAGCACUAG